AGAGGGGCUGGGGUGGUUAAUUCUAUUAAAUCAACAAUCUCACAGUUCAAGCCGAAUACCAUUCACCACCGUAUUCAUGAAUGCAAUUCUUUCCCUUUUCAUUUUCGCACUUCCACAUGUCAUACACCAUAGCGUAUUCCAGAAGUGAAGGGACAACAACCAACAUUUGUUUACACAAUUUUAAGAAUCACAAAAAUACAGGGAAAAUAUCCUGAAUCAAACAUGACUACGAUGUGGCAGCAAGUGUUAGCUAUAGAUGCUAAAUACAACACAUAUAGAACGCCAAAUAAUCCACAGUUUAGAACGCUGUACAUCCGAAGACGGAGUCAGCUGUUAAGAGAUAGUGCCAAGGCUGGGUUUGAUCCCCAGUUGAGAAAGCAAUAUCUCAAACAAAGAAUGCAGCUUCUAACUGACAAGUAUGGUGCCAGUAUCUCACUCUCUGACCAAAGCAGUCUGUGGAGCAGAAGCGCCAGUAUUCGAGGGAGCCGCACCAAUCUCGAUAUGCUUGAUGAUAGUCUGGGUGAGAUCCGAACCCAUCGUCGUCAGCACAGCCGUGGCUCGGGCAACAAGCUGGACCUUAUGGCAGAGGACCCUACUGGACUGGUUCCUACCAAAGAUGCCGGGGCCAGCAAGGCAAUGGCUGGAGGGACUUCGCUGUCUGAGAACUAUGCCUUCACCGGCAUGCAUCACAUCUUUGAUCACCACCAAAGAGCAGUGACUGCGGUGAAGUUCGCCAACGAUGACAAGUCCAGAAUAGCCUGCAGCUCCCUGGAUAAGACCAUCUCCGUCUGUCAGGUCCUGCCUUCACCGGCCACCGUGGUCUGUAUCCUGAAGGGACACACCAAAGGAAUCACAGAUUUUAGCUGGUCCCUGUCCAACGACCAGAUCUUGUCAUGUUCCCUUGAUGCAACAGCCCGUCUGUGGACGGUGAGCAGCGGGACAUGCGCUCGUACCGUCUCAGACCCCCAGCAUGCACCUCUGCAUGCGUGCUGCUUCCAGCCUCUCAAUAACAACAUGGUGGUCACGGGCAAUUCCAGAGGUCUCGUUCAGGUCAUGAAUGUAUCCACAGGAAAACCUACCAAGGGCGGUCAUGGCAAACUGACCGGUCAGGUUCUGUGUCUGGCUUUCAACGAUUCGGGAACCCUCCUGUGGGGAGGGGAUGAUAAGGGUGUUAUCUCAUCAUUCCAAUACGACAUGGCGACUGGCAAGCUCACAAAGGGCAAGAGGUUGGUUGUAUGUGAAGGUAGUCCAAUCACCUGUAUAUCGUUCCGUGCCUGGGUAUCUAGAGAAGCAAGGGACCCUCUGCUGCUCAUCAACUGUGCUAUUAACCAACUUUGCCUCUACAAGAUAACAAGCAGUGACGGCGAGGUGAGUCUCAAGAAGACGUUUUCCAUCAAGCAUCGCAAGGAGACCAUCAGGAGCUCAUUCUGUCCUCUCAUGUCGUUCAGAGAAGGAGCGUGUGUGGUGACCGGCAGUGAGGACUUGAGUGUGUACUUCUUUGACAUUGAGCGUAAACUAAAGCCAUGUGUGAACAAGCUCCAGGGUCACUCUGCUCCUGUGUUGGGCGUCAGCUUCAACUAUGAUGAGAGUCUGCUCGCUACAUCAGAUGCUGAGGGUUUGGUGAUUGUGUGGAAGAGACAGCAAGAUGAAGGAGGAGCCCACAUCCUGGAGCAGAAAUGAUAUCAAUCCAACAACUAUUAUCAACUUGAACAAACUACAUUCUAGAUAUAUGGGGCAUUGUGCUUUGACUGUUGGGAAUGCUUGUGUAGCAUUGGUAUUUUACCUACAUGAAGGCCCAGGUGGAGAUUCGAUGACCUGGUAAAAAUAUGAUCGUAGGAUGCCUUAGGAAGCAAGAAGGAGAUGUUGUUUAGUUUGACGAUUCUUCUUGUGUACCGACUAUUGCGACUUGUCUAUGCAGUCAUCUUGAACAAAAAGCAAGAUUGAAGAAGAGAGGACCAGCUAGAACCAGCUAGAGGCAGUCACACAUUUUCAGGGAGACAUCCUCAUGCUGUAGGAGAGUGAAAGAGAAGCUAGAAGGCAGAGGUGAACAGUCGGACAUGUUCAGUUGGGAACUUGGGAUUGAUGCUUUCAUGCCUACCAACCAACAUACAGGGCAGUGUUUUUAGGUGACGUUUAGCGAAAGGAUCCCAAGCUGUUGACUCAAUAUUCAUGUAUGAAACUUUUGCUGUUGUUUAAGAUCCACAGCUAAAAGAAGGAAGUUGAUAUUUAUAGGGCAUAGAGGAAGUAUAUGUACAUCAUGAGCAUCCCUCAAGAAAGCUGUUACAGUCUUCUUCUGGGCUGUUGGCAACAUUUGUGUUGUUGUUUAGAUUGUUUAUUAUCCCAAAAGUGGGAUGAGGAAGGAUGAAAGCACAACUACCGGUAAUCUAAAUGGUACCGGUUACGUGAUUACUAUUUUCCAGCAAGACUAUACAGGAUGCAAAGGUCGACAUUCGGCCUUCCAUUACCGUAAUAAGUGGACGAACUAUAUCCAUUUACUGGGUUACAUGUACUGUAACUGGUGUAAAGUUCUUGGGUUUCUUUGGAAAAUUAAAAUCAUGUUUGUUUUCGGAGAGAGUGCAUUGUGAGACUGAAACCAUGGAAUGGGAUUUCAGAAGUACAAGAAUUUUCAAUGAAAACAAUUUGUUGUUCAGAGAAAAUAUAGUUUUUAUUCAACUCUUCUUUUUUUCACAAUAUGCAUUACAUGUAUGUGCAAUAUAAUUCCAGUUGCUUAAAUAAAUGAGUCAAGUUUAUUCUAAAUAUUCUAUUUUAGGGCAAGUCCCAGCCCCAUACAUAUAUUUCUCUGAUCCAAGCUUCUGGUAGGCUUUCAACUACAGUUAAAAAUAUUAGAUAGAUACCAGACAGAACUACACUUUUCAUGUUUUGAUGAAAUAGAUAUGUUGUAAUGGACACUUUGCACAGAAUCUCGACCAGUGAAAUCUUAGAUAUGAUCAGUAUGUGUGGGACAAAAUAGCUUCGACUUGCUCAAUACUUUUUCAUAUGAUACGUUUAUGAUGAAAUUUUGUUUUCACCAGUACUUAUUUUGUAUAGAAAAUAUGAAUAAAAAAGAAAUGACAGAUGUGUAUGUUUAUGAUGAAAUUUUGUUUUCAGCAGUACUUAUUCUUUGUAUAGAAAAGUAAUGUUUUUUAAUGUGAAUGCCUUGAAAUAGGCUCCUUUUCUACUUCAAGAUUCGACCCCUCAAAAUUACUAACAAGAACUCGGUCUUAAAAGGUUGUCAACCAGACUGUAGCCAACAGGUUUAGCCCCCAGAGAACAUUGAUUUUACCCCUAUACACCAACAUUUGUCAGUAGGAAGUAGUCGGACAUCCCCUAGAAACUGGGGUCCUACUAGAAGAAUGGUUGUAUAUUACAAAAAUAUAUAAACUCGGCCGACAACCUUUUUGGCAAUGGAUAUAAGUUUAGGGGGUCAAAUCUCAUAGACGAAAUGGAAUCACUAAAUUAACCGCAAUCAAAGUGAGGAGGAAGAUGGCAUACAUGUACCUCAAAAAGAAGAAUGUAUUUAUACUGUAUGCCAAUGAAAAUAAAUUAUAAUAUGAGACCCA